UUGCUUGUUUGCCAAAAACAUGCCAUUGUCUUUAGUUGCUUGUAUGCUAAAAACAUACCAUUGUCUUCAGUUGCUUGUGUGCCAAAAACGUACCAUUGUCUUCAGUUGCUUGUUUGCCAAAAACGUAGCAUUGUCUGUAUUCUAUGUGCUUGGCCUGUCUCUCAACUCAGUUCCAGACCGCCAUGUUCACGUGGACUUAUUGCAGAGUGUAUCUCCCGGUCCUUUUCUUUUUUUUUUUCGCCCCAUCCCGCCAAGUUACAUCAGAUCCCAGUACAGUUAUGUCAGAUUCCGCCACAGUUACAUCAAAUCCCGGUACAUUUAUGUCAGCUACAGUUACAUGAGAUCUAG